AUGGUGCAACUUUGGGCUUCCGCCUCAGUGCCAAAGUCGGUGGGGAUUGAGCCUUUCCCACACCUGAUUUUUGAAUUGUUCACUAAUGGCCAGCAUCUGAGCACAUUUGAUAAGGGGCCUGCCAGCCUGGGUCCUGAGGGAAAAGGAGUGUCCUUAUUUCUUAAUCUCCGACUUGGUUACCGCCUUAUCGUCACUGACUCCAGCUUUGGCCAGAACAAAUACCGAAAAUUUUGGUGUGACAGACGGCGGGAUGGAACCAACAACUCCCUAGUUGGCGGAUUACUAGCAUGUUGUUCUCGGAGGCUGCUAGAGCGUCUUUUUAUCAUCGGUGCGGGCCUGGGUAGCUGA